AUGAAUAUUUCGAGAUUGUUUUCAAUUCUGAUUCUUUUUGCUUUUGCAUUGGGUCAAUCUGUCGUUGAAAGUAAUAAUCGCGUUAAAAGACAAGAUGUUAUUAAAAACUAUAACUGCCCUAUAUCUUACGUCGUCAGAUUCUUCGAAAAAAAGAAAUACUGCAUACCCUGUGAUACGUACGAAGAUGAGAUUGGACGUGAUAGAAGAUGGGUGAAAUAUUGCAAAUCGAACACAAGAAAACUCCCGGAAGGAAGCCUCCCGGCUUUUGCAUGA